GUCGGCUGUACGCGGGCGGAGCGAGGGGAACCUGAGCAGCCGGAGGCGGUGGCCGCACCGCCACCCGCCGGGCCACCGCCCGGCCACCGGCUCGGGAACAGGGCACCGCGGCCGGCCUGCACCCACCGGGGAGCGACCCAGGGCUGCCCGAGAGGCCCUACCGGCGGCGUCCCCAGUGGCCACCCCUGAGUUGGCUGCGUGAAACUUUUCCCCGCGCGCUUCGGCUCGGAGCCCACGCCUCUCGCCGCCGCCCCGGCAGGGACCCGCCGCCCGUGGGGAGCGAAGGGGGGGGAGAGGCCCGUGGCUCCCCCCCCCCGCCUCCUGUUGGGGCUCAGCCGGGCGAGGCGGCGGGCUCCCCCGGGCGAUGGCCGCGGAGCUGGCGAUGGGCGCCGAGCUGCCCAGCAGCCCGCUGGCCAUCGAGUACGUCAAUGACUUCGACCUGAUGAAGUUCGAGGUGAAGAAGGAGCCGCCCGAGGCCGAGCGCUUCUGCCACCGUCUGCCGCCCGGCUCGCUAUCCUCGACGCCGCUCAGCACGCCCUGCUCCUCCGUGCCCUCCUCGCCCAGCUUCUGCGCGCCCAGCCCGGGCACCGGCGGCGGCGCGGGGGGCGGCGGCGGUGCGGUGCAGGCCGGGGCUGCCCCGGGGCCGGCAAGCGGGGGCCCCGGCGCCGUCGGGGGCGCCUCGGGGAAGCCGGCGCUGGAGGAUCUGUACUGGAUGAGCGGCUACCAGCACCACCUGAACCCCGAGGCGCUCAACCUGACGCCCGAGGACGCGGUGGAGGCGCUCAUCGGCAGCGGCCAUCACACCGGGCACCACGGCGCGCACCACCACCCAGAGGCCGCCGCGGCCUACGAGGCCUUCCGGGGCCAGGUCUUCUCGGGCGGCGGUGGCGCGGACGACAUGGGCGCCGGCCACCACCACGGCACGCACCACGCCGCCCACCACCAUCACCACCACCACCACCACCACGGCGGCGCGGGCCAUGGCGGCGGCGGCACGGGCCACCACGUGCGCCUGGAGGAGCGCUUCUCCGACGACCAGCUGGUGUCCAUGUCCGUGCGCGAGCUGAACAGGCAGCUCCGCGGCUUCAGUAAGGAGGAGGUCAUCCGGCUGAAGCAGAAGCGGCGCACGCUCAAGAACCGCGGCUACGCUCAGUCGUGCCGCUUCAAGCGGGUGCAGCAGCGGCACAUUCUGGAGAGCGAGAAGUGCCAGCUCCAGAGCCAGGUGGAGCAGCUGAAGCUGGAGGUGGGGCGCCUGGCCAAGGAGCGGGACCUGUACAAGGAGAAAUACGAGAAGCUGGCCGGCCGGGGCGGCCCCGGGGGCGCGGGCGGAGCCGGCUUCCCGCGGGAGUCCUCGCCGGGAGUCGGGGCCAAGGGCGCUUCCGACUUCUUCCUGUGAGCACCGGACCCCGAGCCCGCGCCGCCGCCGAGAAGAGGCUCGCGCGGGCGGCCCGGGGCCUCGGCUCGGACUCCGCGGCCCGGACUCCGCGGCCCAGGGCGAGGACGCACGGCCGGGCCGAGGCGCCCGCCGCGCGCGGGCGCCCGCGUUAACGCCGCCGCCUCCGGCCGGGCCGGCCCCGCGAGCCCCGCUGCGACGUCUGCAGGCUCCGGACUGGAGGCCCCUUCCCGCGGCUCGGCCUCCUCGCUCCCGGCCCGCGCACCUUACCGGGUGGCCGUCCUGACGCUGCCACGACUCCUCUGCUCGGAGCGCGGCGAUUCCCGGGAGAGUUGGGCCGGGUCGAAGUCCUUCCUGGCGUCCGCUUGUACAUACGUGAGAGCUGAUCACUUUUUGGAGUAGCCGGAAGAGAGGGUGGGGAGGCCGGUGCUCCGGCCCCUGCAAGCCCCCAGCCCCGGACUGCAGCCCGUCGUGCACUCCUUCAGCACCUGCUUCUGCUGGGCGCAGGAGACUCCAACUCGUUGCAAGUUUCGUUGUGUUGUAUUUCGUUGGGUUCUUUUUUCUUUUGCUACGAAACUGAAGAAAGAAAAAAACACACACAAAAUAAAUCCGUUUAGAU